UCAUACUAAUCUCUUCAAAACACACAUCGCCCUAAAACUAUACAUUCGGCACAAUUUCAACACAAGUAAUUUUAUUUUAACCCCUACACUGUUGCAUUUGCAGCCCACACAGCGCCCCAAGAGGAAAAACGAAAAUAAAAAGGCAGAGAUGCCAACAAAAUAGUGGCAAUAACUGCAUUUCGAUACAUACGAAACACAAUUUUCGUGUGUGUGUGUUUUCCCUUUCAAAACAGUCGCCAGGCCCCGAGUGCAGCAAAAGCGCAGCAUCAGCAGCAGCACACACAAUCCACACACAAAACAGAAAAACGAUAUGAACGAGGAAACCGUAGGGGAGCCCAGCGAGAAAUCUGCCUCGCAAAAAAGUGCAUCGGAGUCAACAUCGAUGACGUUGUCUUCGGCAAUCUUGGAGCAGAACGACACUGCAACUGCUGCUGGACAGCAGCGGCAGGAGCAACGUCCCACUACAAGUGCUGGGCCGCCCACAAUAUCGGCCGCCCAACGUCAGCAGCAGCAGGCGUCGUCCACUCCUGGCGGCGGGCCGCAGACCCCAAAACAAAAACCACAGCAACAGCAGCAGCAGCAGCAGCAGCAGCAGUUGCCGCCGAUGCCGCAGUUGAAUGCAAAUGAUAUGCGCGAACUGCGCGAGAUAAAGCAGUUGUUGUGGGGCGAUAAUGUGCGCGAAGAUGUAUUCAAGCGUUGGUCUCAAGGAUUUGAGUUUAGUGAUUAUGAGCCGUCGGCAUUGGUGCAAAAACAGGGCGGCCCUUGUGCUGUGAUAGCGCCCGUUCAGGCGUAUUUGCUUAAGAUAAUUACCAUGGACACUCACGAGUUUCGAUUGUCGGAGAUAACUCCUGCGGAGUGCAAGCGUCUACUCAUACAGGCCCUGUGCAAUAUUUUACGGAAUUGCCGUGCCCCACGCUAUCGUCUUGUCCAGCUGCAUCGGCAUCGCACCAACAGUGACAACCAGACAACCAAAGAGAGAGCCGCCACAUCGGGAGCAUCAGCAGAAGCCGGUGGUGGAGGAGGAGAAGGUGGCGCAGGACCUAAUGCGAAUGAAGUGGAUGAGGAGGCCGAAGAGGCAACACCUGAAACGGUGGAGCAUCUAACAGGGAAAGACAAUAAAGCUGGACAGGCCUCGUCGUCCCACCAUCAUCCGGACCGUGACCUCACCCCCGACGAGUUCCAUUCACGUCUCUAUACGCUACACUUUCUCGAUGGUCCGACAGUGUCGCGAUACUUCGGUGAUCAUUACAACCAACUGACGGACACCUAUGGCGUGAUGCUCUUCAUGUAUUCGGUGUUCCUUACCAAGGGCAUUGAGCUGGUCGCCGCCGACAUAUCCGACACCUCGGAGCCGAUCAUACACAGAACCUUUGGCUAUGGCGGCCAGUCCAUGAUUAAUCUAAUGCUCACUGGUCGUGCCGUGGGCUAUGUGUGGGACCAUGAACAGGAUGUUGGGGGCUUAAAGUUGAGGGGAAUCUGCGAACAGAGCGAUAUUGGAUACAUAACGACAAUGGAGCAGAUGCGCUACUGCACAGUGGGUUCGUUCUACAAGAAUCCCAGAUAUCCCGUCUGGGUGAUGGGUUCAGACACGCAUUUAACUGUGCUUUUCAGCCACGAGAAGAAGCUCGUCUCGCCGGAGACGCCCUCAGAGCACGGUCGUCGCAUAUUCAAGUCUUUCGACCCGGAGGGUAAUAAUUUCAUAGCCUCGUCCCUUCUACGUGAAGUAUUGGCCCAAUUGAAUCUUGUCAGUGAACAGGGAUAUGUUAAUCUCAUGAUGAAACGUUUGGAUCCAGAGAAUUUGGGCAUCAUAUUGCUGAAUGCUUUCAUGGAGGAAUUCUUUCCAUGCGAGCGACAUUCCGCACCCGAUACGUUUGAGCUAAUGCACUACAACGGCAUACCAGGCUCCAAUGACAACAACAAGGUGCGCUACUAUUGCGGUUCGGCCAUUCUACUAGAGGGGGAUCUGAAGUCGAUGUGUGCCUCGAAUCCGAUGGUGACUUGCCUCCAGACCAAGUGGCCGAAUAUCGAGAUCAAUUGGCAUGAUCCCUGGCAUACACCAUCAUUGAAUUGACAUCGCCAGCUGCCAGCAGCAGUCGCAGCCGUUGCAGCCGUUGCAGCCGAAGGCGCCGCAGCAGGUGGAAAGCGGCGACAGCAAAAAAAGAAAGAAAAAAAGCGAAAGCAGCAGCAAAAGCCGAUGGAGUAGUAGGAGACAGCAAACUAAAGCAUAUAAACAAAUAAGAGAAAAGUAUACAAAUUUGCCUGAAUUAGGGGAACAGGCGACAGACAAAUGCACACAAAUAUUUUGAAUUAUGAAGUUCUUUUUGAGCGAUUUGUGGUAUGUGUAUUUAUUGAAAAGUGUUUAAAAAUAAUAAAUGAAAAAAAACAAAAAAAACAAAGGAGAAACAUUGAGAAAUGCACUCUGGAAGAGAGCAUUUUUGGAGGAGAACAAUAAAAGGAAA